AUAUGUUAAGCAAACCGCGGGCGAUGGAAGAGGCUUGCAUCAGUCUGGUCAAGAACAGAUUUGUCAAUGGAUUCGUCCUAUUGGUAUGGAAAUGGGAUAUGAGACCCUGCACGGAGAAGAAGAGCUUCGUUUGUCAACAUGAAGGUUAGUUUCCUGACGAUGUGCCAAUUGCACAUGCAAAUCUUGGACGAACAUCUAAGUCUGCAAUGGGUCUACUGCCCCUCCCCAAAGACUCUCCCUAUGGCCUUGCGACUGCAUGUAACUGGAUCGGCCGCUAUGACUGGCAAACGGAUACACGCAGAGAAGACUCUAGUGUUUCCCAGACCGAGCAUGGAACUCGAGGGGACGUUGAUGAGACAUCAAUAAUUCUGGUUUAAUCAACAUCAGCUGUUCAAUUCAUCAUGACUGCACACAUUUGACACUAUCUCUCGCCAAGCCCUAUAUUUAUUACAGCCAAGCGGUGCCCUGCCCUGCCGACAGCUCAGUUCGUUGAGCCUCAUCCACCGAAGAACUACAUCGGACUCACCGUUGACUUCAAGUGUGCGCAAGGUUACGAGCUGCCCAACUACACACUGCGUUACAAGGAAUGGCAGGCAAAGAAACCGCCGCCUAAAUCUAAUUCUAGCCUCUCGGAAUGGUGGGCGAGAAAGCCAAACAUCACAGCGAUGCCUUCGAUGCGGUACUCGUGCAAUUCCUACGGCCGUUGGAGCGUUGGGUCACUGGCACCCUGUGAACCAAGAAGCUGCAAGGAGCCACCCGAAGUCAAGCAUGCUGUGCGAAAUUCGAGUGAUCGCACCUACCCGACUUGGAUCGAAUACGAAUGUGAACAUGGCUACCACUAUGCCUACGACAACACCAGUACCGGGGUGGGGUGGUGCAGCCCGGAUAUGGAAUGGAUCGAUGUACCCGAUGAUUGCGAGCCUGUUGAAUGCCAACCCUUCCCGAGGGUUGGUAACGCCACCCUCAACUCCGCCAACAACCGCUACCUGGACAACGUGGUCUGGACAUGCAUCACCGGAUUCAUGUUCCCUGACACGGUUAUCAGCAAAUGGAUCUCCUGCAGAGAGAACUACGUCAACUUUCAGAUCGGUAGAUGGAAUAUUAGCAAGCUGCAUGAUUGCAUCCCUCUCAAAUGCCCAGAGCCGCCUGUUCCAGUGAACACGACCAUCGUGUUCAUGAGUGGCAGUCCGCACGACACUUCCUUCAGGACAGUCCUCCGCUACUCUUGUAUCAGUGAUGAGUUCGAAUUCCCCGAUGGUGAUGACAGCGUUAGGACAGAGUGUGGGGCUGGAGCCCACUGGGUCCCAAUAGUGCCACCCUGCAGCAAAAUACCGCGGAAAUUGAAGUUGAAGGGGAAGUUUUAUGUCCCACCACCCAAAGAGUCUCCAUCGGCGAAGGCUGUCGGAACACUUGCCUUGAUCAUCAUGAUUAUCCUCGUGAUAAUCAUGGUCUUGAUGGACCUUGGGACUAUUCAUAGAGGCUGCAGGCUUGCGAGGUAUAACCUCAGGUCGAGAUUCUGCCCAAGGAAGAAGAAAAAUCGUCCGAAGACUGACUAAAGGACCGAGAUAUUUCCAUUAAGGCAGAGAUUCGCUUCAAAGGAGGCAACUUUAUGGAUGAUUGAGACUUCUGGGAGUUCCUUCCCAAAUCCGUCAACUUACAUAUACAUGUACGUGUACAUGUGUUUUCUGUUUGGGCUUUCUGCAAUAUAACUUUAGUUCAGUGUUCUGUGGAUUGAGAAUGGUAGCCCAAGGACUGAAUGGAGUCCUGGAGGCCCGGCCUUAUAAACGAAAGACUCCGUCCAAAGCACAGACUUUGUGUUGAAGGCGAAUUACAUCGUCACAUAGUUCGCU